AUGCCCUCACCAUCCCCGAUAGCAUCGGUGCCCCCCGAGCUGCUGCUCGAGGUCGCGGAACACCUCUCGGCCCGUGCCCUCUCUGCGAUGUGCCGGACAUGCCGCUACUACAACUCCAUUUGUAGUCCUAUACUCACGGACUAUCUCUUCAAAAACAAAGAGCGCAUCCUCCUCCGCGCGGCAGUCUCGAACCGCCCGCACAUCAUCUUCCUCUGCGUGAAGAAGGGCGUCACUCUCGGUGGUUGUGAAGUUGGGGAGCUGCUCGGUCAUGUCGCAAAGCGGGGGUACGCGGAGACUAUGAGGCUGUUGCUAGAUGCUGGGGCAAAUCCGAAUUGUAUGGAUUCCAGGUACAAAACACCGCUGUAUCAUGCGGUGGCGUGUAACUGGUUGAAGGUGGCGGUGUGUUUGGUGGGGAGGGGAGCAGAAUUUGAUGAUUUUGUGUGUUAUGCCCUGACGGAGCGGGAUAUUGUGAUGAAGUCACUGUUCAAGAAGUUCUACGGGUACAGAUAUUGA